CCAGAAGCUUGGACCCUCGGCUGCCAGCCAACCAUGAUGGCUGCUUUCGAGUUUGCGAAAUCAACGGCAACUUUCGAGUGCUAACGCCUCAUCAACCACAUGAUGAAAUAGUAUUUGUUCGGGAGUAGCUUCGCCGCUGCGCAUGGCCGCUGCGCAUGGCCAGCAGUUUGCGAUCAGACGACGAGGCUCUGCCGUUUCCCAGGCAGCAGCGAGCAGGCCUCAAAUUGGUGGAGCCAUAUGAGGAGCCGGAGAUCCUUCGCUUCCACGCCACCGCUGUUUCCGCGCGCGAGCGGGCAGAGGAGUCCGCGACCCAGCGAGCGGGAUUCUUCGACUUCGAUGAGUUGGAAGGUUCAGCACCUGCACCACCGACGAGACCUCUUCCACCGCCUUCCGAGGUGGAACAAGAAGCGUCUCGGGGUCUGACUCAGCAAAAGACCAACGCCGGCAUCAGCAGUGGUUUGCCAGGCUUCGCACUCAGCAGCAUCGCCCAAGAGUUCGGCGCCGCGAGCGCUGCGGUUGGUGCUGGCGGUGCCAUGCAGUCAAUCCAGCUGGAAGUGGACCGGCCAUCCGCAGCAUCCGCUGUGCUGGCGCUGGCCCACGGCGAGGUGGACGAGAAGGAGGCGAUAGCGCUCCUCAAGCAGCGUGCAGAUGUCCAUGCGUGCGCGGGAGAUUUGCAGCGCAGCAUGCUGCACUUCGCCGCGGAGAAGUGCUACGUCAAGCUCUUGGAGGAACUGUUGAAGCGACGGGCGGAUCCCAACCACGCGGAUCGGGCAGGCGAGACGUCGCUCUUCGCCUUGGCUCACUCGAUCAGUUGGUGUGAUCAAGCGCCCCGGCACCGGCGUGCCACCGUGCAGCGCUUGGUGGAAGGGGCGGCGGACGUGAACUUCGCCAACCCCCGCGGCAAGACACCGCUACACGUGGCGGCGGGCCACACGGACGCCGCGGCCCUGGAGGCGCUGCUGGCGGAGCGCGCCGAUGUGGAUGCCCGGGACCUGGGCGGCUUCACCGCGCUGAUGUGGGCGGCCGGCCGUGGCCAUGGCGGCAACGUUCAGCGGUUGCUGGAUGCGCGAGCACGAAGUGACCUGAGCGCCAACCGCGGCCAAACGGCGAUGCUUUUUGCGCUCACGAACCACUGCGAAGAGGUUGUCAAGACCUUGGAAGAGCACGCCGCCCUCCAAGACCGCAAGGCGGGUCGCGUGCUUCCAGAGUGGGCACACAGGCGCCAAGCGUGGCACCGAGCCCGGCGCCGAGCCUAGCCAGGUGCGAUGAGACAAAGCCUUUCAUGGGCCAGGUGCGUGCUCGCUUUGUGCCGGAUCUAAGCUCCAAUGCGUAUGGC